UUUACCAGAAUAAUCAUUAUGAAAACGGCGUACAAAUUGACACCAAUGAACCCUGUUUGAAUUGUACAUGUGUGCAUAGUAUGCUUAUGUGCUAUCUUCGAAUAUGCCCUUUUGUCAGACCUAUAGGAGAAGAAUGCAUAACAGAAAAAGAAGAAGGAGACUGCUGUCCAAAAAUUUGGUGUCCUGAAGUUAUUAAAGACUCAACAGAAACUCAAGUAAAGGACAAAAAACCAGGAUGCUAUCUAGAUGGUAAAUAUUUUCCUGAUGGAACUCAAUUACCCCACAACCCUAAGAAUCCUUGUGAAGUGUGUUAUUGCAUUAGAAACAGCACCGCUUGUAUUAUGCAAGAAUGUGAGCUAAAAGUUGAAGGAUGUUCACCCAUCUAUAAAGAUGAUCAGUGUUGUCCCUGCCGAUACAAUUGUAGUAAGUGUUACUCUCCUUUUUUCUGAAAAGCGGUGUUAGGUUUUUUAAUAUUAAUAUCCCUUUCCUUUUAGCAUACGAGGAUACAGUAACAACCCCUGGUGUACCUAUGCAAGAAUUACACGGUAUGUUG